AUGCCUCAAAGAACCAAUCUCUCUUCCUUUCAUAACCCAGAUUUCAAAAAUUUGCAGCAAGACCCUUCUGAAAUUUCCUUCCAGUCAUUUGGUAUUAAUCAUGAUUAUCUUCCCUUUCGUACUAUCAAUUUCUCAUCGAGUUCGCAAACACUAUUGUCUGCAAACUCGAUGAAGUCAGCAAAAGCUAAAGAAAUAUUGCAGAAUAAUAAGAUGGAUCAAAAUUCGUAUAUAGGUGUAAGAAAAAGGCCUUGGGGGAAGUUUUCUGCAGAGAUUAGAGACACAACAAGAGGAGGGAAAAGGGUUUGGCUCGGAGCCUUUGAUAGUGCUGAAGAUGCUGCUUUAGCUUAUGAUCAAGCUGCAUUUUUAAUGAGAGGUGAUAAUGCUCUUCUCAAUUUUUCAGUUCAAAGGGUUAAAGAAUCUUUGCAAGAGAUUCAAUAUGAUUGCAGCAAAGGAUGUUCACCUGCACUUGCACUCAAGGAGAGACAUUAUAACCAAAGAAAGUUGUCAUCAAAAGGUGUAAAGAAUAAUAAUAAAGCAGGAAAACAAGAUCAAUCAGAGGAAUCAUCAUCAUCAUCAUCAUCAUCAUCAUCAUCAGCAAGUGUGUUGGUGUUAGAAGAUUUGGGAGUUGAAUAUCUUGAGCAACUUCUAAGUAUAUCUGAUAAUCCAAGUACAAGCAACGACAACAGCUACUUCAAAUCAAAUUGUUAA